CUCCUGCAACACCGGGCCUCAGUCCAGCAGAAAACCCAAGGGAAUCAGUCAGUCCACCUGGCCCGCUUGGAGUUUGGGUUACUACGCCGUCACAUGCAGUUGCCUCGCAUGCAAUUAGCAAUCCUCGGGCGUUAACACUCGUUAGCUGCAGCCAACACUGCGAACAACCAAUGGGCCAAAACUCGCCUGCGGGCCCGGCUCUACCGGUCCAACCGCAGACCCCGGGAACCGGUAUCGACACAAUCCAUAGUGGAGGAGAUCCGGUUCUUGUUCUCUCGCCAGGGGUCACGCUCACGCUCGGCCGGGAUGCGUUGCUCUUGUCCGGCCAGCUCUCCACUAAGCGCAGUCGCUCAUGCGUGCCGUGUAUCGGAAACUUAGGGGCCAAUGGCACACCAGGCAGCAUACCUUACUACAACAUCCUUUGGGCUGAAAUUACCAGCGACCGCAGGUGGCUCCUGAUCGAUUAUGCUGACGAGACACAAUCGGACUGCCUCGAGGUCCGCAAUGCCAAGUUCGCCAUCCCGGAGUUUGUGGCCGAGCAGACGCCCGCCGAAGUGGGCGACCAAGUCGCGCCCUGGGUUGACCGCUUGUUGGACCGCGCUUACGGCAGUUCAGUUCGCCAGAAGCGAGCCUGGGUACUGGUGAACCCGCAUGCUGGUCCCGGCGGCGCCGACAAGAUCUGGGAGAAGGAGGUGAAGCCCAUUUUCGAGGCUGCGCGCAUGCCAAUGACGGUCGUACGCACUGCCUAUUCCGGCGAGGCCGUGGACCUGGCUCGCGACCUAAACAUCGAUGACUACGACAUUGCCAUUCCAUGCUCAGGGGAUGGUCUGCCACAUGAAGUGUUCAACGGGCUCGCCAAGCGCCCAGAUGCCCGCCGCGCCCUGUCCAAGAUUGCCGUUUGUCAUAUUCCCUGCGGGUCCGGUAACGCCAUGAGCUGCAACUUGUACGGCACCCACCGGCCGAGGGCGGCAGCGCUAGCCAUUGUUAAGGGUGUACCGACGCCGCUGGACUUGGUCAGUAUCACUCAUGGGGGCAAGCGCACCAUCAGCUUCCUCAGCCAGGCGCUGGGCUUGAUUGCGGAGGUCGACCUGGGCACCGAGCACCUACGAUGGAUGGGCGCCGCCCGGUUCACCUGCGGCUUCCUCAUGUUGGCCCUGCAGAAGAAGACAUACCCUUGCGAUAUUGCUGUCAAGGUUGAAAUUGACGACAAAGAGGAAAUCAAGAGACACUACCGAGACCAUAUCACGCAGAGAAGAAAUGAGCCUCCCAAGCCCGCCGAGUCGCAAGAUGCCGGCGCCAAGCCGAGUGGCGGCUUUCCUACGAACACCAGUCCGCUUCAUAAUGAUGAUGACUUAGGUCUUCCGCCCCUGAAAUACGGCACCUCUUUGGACAAGCUGCCUGAAGGGUGGGAACUUAUCCCCCAUGAGAAGUUAGGUAGCUUCUACUGUGGUAAUAUGGCCUACAUGGCGCCGGACGCCAAUUUCUUCCCAGCGGCACUUUCAAAUGACGGCCUUAUAGACCUAAUAACCACAAAUGGCGACAUUUCAUUUUUCAAAUCGGUCAGCAUGCAGCUAGACGUUGAAUCUGGUCGCUUCCUUGACAACCCGCUCGUGUCAUACCGCAAGGUCUCGGCGUACCGCAUCAUCCCGCGCAACCAGGAUUCCGGCCACAUCAGUAUCGACGGCGAGGCUAUCCCCUUCGGGCCAUUUCAGGCCGAGGUUCACCAAGGUCUCGGCCUAACCCUAUCCAAGACUGGCGCAUUCGAAGCGCCGGGUCCUCUCAAUUAAUUAUAUAGUGACCCCGAGCGGGCAGCAUCCGGCCGUAUUGCUUCUGGAAGUGCUGUGGAUUGAAAGGAAACUUUGCCUGUAAUCCUUGCCUAUUACGAGCAAUGGACACCGGAUCUGACCACCCCGGUGCGCCGCGUAAAGCUCUGGCGCGGUACCCUUGAGCGUCAGGACAUGGUCUCCCGUGUCCCCCUUGGAAAGAUCGGAGAUAUUGGUGA